AAUAAUUAAUAUUAAAUUUUAAAACUUCAACUCUAAAGAUGCAAUCUCAGCAAUAUAUCAACGCUUUUGGUGGUGUGAACACUUGUUCAAUGAUGUCAGACUUCCCUUACUGUCUUGAAGGACUCAGCCAGUUCAUUCCUCUUUUUGCAGAGGGUGUUAACUCUUCAAAUAAAGUAUUUGGAGGGAAUAAAGUCUCCAGAAGCUCUCAUGACAGUACAUCUCAAGGUUCUUACUGAAAUUCAAGUUUCUAUAAUUUGAUGCCAGCUGGAUCUCUCAACUCUAAAUGUAUGGAGCUUAAUAGGGAGAAUAGUCAAAUCGGUUCAGAAGGAGACUCUAUCUUAGAACCAGCACUUACUGGCUCCUUCAUCUCUAUCAGAGACAUAAAGAUAUCUCCUUCUGCAUGCCAAAUAAAGAAGAACAUGAUUUCUCUUAAGAAGGAUCUCAAAGAGAAACCAAAGAGGAAGGUUGGAAACAAGGCCAAGAUCCCCCAGAAAUUGAUUGAAAAUAGGAGACGAGAGAUCCUCUCCUCUCUUGAAAAAGUUACUGACCCUUCAAAAGAGGUUAUCAAGGCUGUCCCACGUAUUUCUACAGGCAGCAAGAGAGGAUCUAGCUUCAGAGGUGUCUCUGUCAACGGCAAAAAAUGGCAGGUUAUGGUCAUGGGUUUUGGAAAGAAAAGAUAUUACGGCGGGAUCAAGGACCAAAAUGAGGCAGCUCAACUCUAUGACAAAUAUGCCAUUCUCACCCAAGGCAUUGGGGCUAAAACAAACUUCGGCUACACUAAGGACCAAAUUCUUAGUAUACUAAGGGAGAAUCUAAAGUUCGAGUAAGCCAGUGAUGGCUCUAAACCCAACUAACUUAACUAUAAUAAUUUCUUUAAGC